AUGGUCGUAUGGGGAGGAUAUCAAGUUAGCGAGCCACAUUCAGAAAAAUACUGCCCAUCUCAUGAACUUUGGAUCUACAACUCUCUAGUACGACAAUGGAAAUGUUACAAGACCAGGGGGGAAGUUCCACAAGGUCGAUCUGGUUCAAUUGCACAUAUGAUUGACCAUUACUUUUAUGUUCAUGGUGGCCAUACAGAAAGUGGCAAUACAAACUCAAUAUAUCGACUUGAUAUGCAGACACUCACAUGGCAGAAGCUAUUGACCAAUCAUCAAGAAUUACUGCCAAGUCCAAGAGACAAACAAGCAUCAUGGCUGUAUAAAAAUAAAAUUUAUUGUUUUGGUGGUCAUGGUCCUGCCAUAGAAGAUUACUUAUGCAACAGUGGCGAAUAUGUUAAAGAUCACAGUAGUGGAACCACUUAUCCUCGUGGCUGGAACAACCAGUUGUUGAUAUUUGACACUGAGACCGGGCAGUGGUCAAACCCAAAAUGCAGUGGUCAAAUUCCGUCCCCACGGGCUGCCCAUGCUGCCACUCGAAUUGGCAGCACUGUUUAUGUCUUUGGUGGACGGCAUCUUCAGAUGCGAACCAAUGAUUUGCAUUCUCUGGACCUAGAAACCAAUGCAUGGACCAAGUUGGAGACAAAUAGCAAACCUCCGUGUGGAAGAUCGUGGAGCUCCUUUACAGCUGUAUCACCCACACGGAUUCUAUUAUGUGGAGGGUUCACUCAGGAUAACCGACCCUUAACUGAUUUGUGGCUCUUAAAUGUGCCUAACCUUCAAUGGCAGAGACUUCCACAACGUUUGAGUAUGCCUCGUCUUUGGCACUCGUGUUGUGUCACUCGAGAUGAAGAUAUCUUAAUAUUUGGAGGUUGCUGUAGUAACAUCUUGGACUAUGAAAGGGAGGCUGUACAUACAAACGAAGUGCUCUGUUUACGGGUGAAUCCUAAGUCUCUUGUAAGGCUGUGUGUAGAAUGUCUUGUGGCUAAUAGUAAACAGACCAAGUCAGAAUGGAAAUAUCUUCCAGAAGCUUUGUUCAAAUUGGUCACUUUAAAUGAAGAAUCUUCAAAUAUGGAACAAAAUACCAACUCAGGAUUUGCAGACCUUAAUAUUAUGACAACAUACUGA